AGUAUUAUGGGAACCAGCUAUAGUGUGUACGUGCGGCAGGCAACCGGCGUUUCUUGCGUGCGUGCACGGCUUUCGUGGAAACUGUUUAAUCGCGGACGUAAAACUGCUCGUAUUCUAACUCAUCCGUGAGCUGAUCAAGGAAGUGUCAACAUCGCAAAGUCUUACAUUUCAUUCAGAGUUGAUUUAGUUUGAAACCAAAGAAUGGCUGGUGCUCCUAGUUCCACGGUGACACAGACACCCAACAUUGACUAUGGUCAGUACAAAGAAACUGCUGUCGAAAAGCUAAAGAGGAAAGCAUAUGAUGAACCAUUCGUUCCUCUUGGUAUCACAGCCUUUGUCGGUGCCCUGGUCUGGGGAGCAGUGUCCUACAAGCACAGGAAGGGAAUGUCCACCUCCAUCUACCUGAUGCGGUUACGUGUGGUCGCACAGACCUGCGUAGUGGGUGCCAUGACAGUUGGAGCUGCCGUUACCAUGUUUAAAAACACAAUGAAGAAGGACUAACGUACAUUCAUGUUAUCAUUUUGUUUUCCUUUUUAAACUAAAGCCUGCCAUGAUUAUUUGAAUAUUCCAUCUUAGAUGUAAAUAGGAUAUUCACAUACAUGUUUUUUUAAUUGUAAGCACAAAUGUAAAUCAUGCAUGCUCCACUCGGAGUAUACCGAUCCAUUAGGUUGAGCCUCAUGAUGUUUUGACCAAACACAACCAAAUUUCCAACAUGUUUAAUUAACCCUAACCUUCCCAAGUCCUCCAAAAUCCUCCUUGCAAAAUGGAGGAUUUUGCAGGAUUGAGGAUAUGGCAAAAAUGUGUGGCUGAUUUUGGAGGAUGUACUGUGUCAAGGUCUUAGGCCAGGCCUUGUGUUGUGUAUGCUCAGCCGUGCAUACAUGUACAUUUAGGCCUAGAUUAUACUUGAAAAUCCUCCACACUGCUCCAGGAUGUGACUGGCUCUGCCUCAACAUAUUGACAGUGAUUGCUGGAGGUUUUUGCAGGAUUGAGGCAGUGGUCAUCCAAGGACCAGGUUCAAGAAAAAAACCAGAUGAUUUUGGAGGAUUGAGGCGAUAUGCAAUUAUUACAUGGAGGCAGCUGGAGGAUUUAGCAGGAUUGAUUGAGGCUGCAUCCUAGCAAAAAUGCCUAGGGAGUUAGGGUUUUAACAUGGAGACUUGCACUGGAGAGGAACAUGUGUACUGUAGUUGCCAAAGUGCACAGUGGGCGGGGUUGCAUGAUUUCCAACGUGCACAGUGGGCGGGGCUGAUUUCCAACAUGCAUAUUCAUAUGCAGUCUGACAGACAGGCACAUGUGUAGUUGCCAAAGUGUACAGUGGGCGUGGCUUAAUGGAUUGAUCUAUUUGGACUCGAUUCAGUUUUCAGUUUGUAAAAA